CUAAACGCACCCAACGUACACGUUUAGUGAGAGGCGAGUGGUGGAAGAACAGAGGUUCGCAAAGACAAUUUACGCUUCUCUGUGCAGUUUUUCUCCGAUGAAAAUUAGAAAUUUACAUUGAAAACGCUAUAAAAAGAUCGUGUACGUCAUUAAGCCUAUCUAGGUUUCUUCACUUGCAACGAUUUAACAAUCGAAAGCUACAUCGAAACAUCAUGGCGCCCAAUAGGUCUGAGACGUUGACGAUGCCAACCAACGCACAGCCAACUUCAGAUGUAGCUACGUUUGAAGAGAUGCCAUUUAAAUUGGAAAAAAGAUCAGUUUACGCGCGAUGCAGUUCAGUGAGCGUAUCAGCGGAGGAAGAAAGCGUCCAUCUGCAGGACAUGGGGAAGGAUUACUAUCGCUCGAUUGCCUCGUGGAAUUUGAAGACGACCUCUUCGGUAACUAUUCUCGGCAGCUUCACAGGUCUAGAAGCUCUCAGUUUGGAAAACUUGCCAGGCGUUUGUUCUGGACUAGACGAAGAUCCAAGACAAAGGAAAGUUAAACAGCGAGUUGCAAUCGAACCGGAGAACAAAAAUUCCAAAGAAGCCGUCGAGAAUGACGACAACAGCCAUUCCUUUUCGUUUUGCUGGCAGCAGAAAGAGGAAAUUACUUCCUUUCCACCAGACACCGAAAAAAGAUGCGAAAAGAAAAUGACCAAAGAACUCGACUUAAAGGAUUUUAAGACAGAGGACAAGGAAAAAGAAGAGUUCAAAUUUGACUUUUUGACUAUCCCAUAUCCAGCACAAGAGAGCUCUGGCUUUCCAGAAGGUUUGCUUUCAUUGGAACCCCCGUCAGCUUCAUCUGAAGGUCUGGAGGUUCAAGAUGGCAUCUCUAUGAAAGAAGAAAUAACAAGUGAUGAAACAGCAGAGGUGAAAGUUGAAGAAGUAGAACAGCUUGUUAAAACUGAAUCAAAGGACAAAAUUGUUGCAAGGAGGCAAGCUGGUAAAAGACAAAAACGAAAUGUUUGGUCUAUCACUGUGCCUGAUCUCCCUGCAGUGCAGCACAAGCAAGUCAAGAAAACACGCCAAAGAGUCAAGAAAAGGAAACCAAAAAGUAUCAGGAAACAUGCUCCAAAUCAGCCAUGUCUGUCUCUUGACGAGAUCAUUGAAUCUAUCAACAAAAUAAAACCUGCACCAGCCAAGAGGAGAAGACCUAACUCCAACUUGAGUGAACCAAGAGAUUCUGGGGUUCAAAGUGAAGGAAGCAGCAGUGGUAGCAGUGAUGGCUGCAGUAGUAACUCUGGAAGUGGUGGUGGUGGUUUUUCUGGAGGAAACAGCAGUGGUGGUGGCUGUGGGGGAAAGGGCAAUGCUGACGGUGAUGGAGGUGAUAAGAAGAAAUAUCCACAGUGGUAUUUCCCUGGUAAAAAACAAACUGACACACCAGGCAGAAAUAAAAAGAAAAGAUCUGUAGAAGAAGAGAAAGAUGAUGGAAGUGUAGGAAAAAUGGAGGUAGAUUUCUCCAGUACUAAUCAGGCCGGCCUCCAGCUGUUUUUACCAUCCAAAGUUGAUAAUGCAGAACAGUGUCACAGCCCUGGGGAGGAAGGAACUCGCAUGAGCACAGCCACAACCGGAAAGAGUGAGUUUGUCUUCUUCCCUCAAGAUGUUCAACACGCAAGUUACUGUUCCAGUCCCGAUUGCCAUAACCACAAAUGCAAGAAUGUGAAGUUAGAGUUGGAGCACAUGCAAGUUCAUAAGGAAUGGCAGCGCUGUGGACGUUGUUUGAUCACAAGGAAUAUUGUUAAACAGCAUGCACGUUUUUGUCGUAGGCCAGGGUGCAGGGUCCCUGACUGUGAAAGCCUCAGGAAGAGUUGUAAAAGAAAUGGAGAACCUGUUCCAGUGAGGCAGAGAAACGUUUCUCCACCAGGGCCGGGGCCAGUACCAGUAGCAGUACCUUUUGUAGCACCAGUCUUGGUACCACCAGCGCCCGCUCACAUUGAUGGCAGAGUGAUAUUCCGAGUAAUGUUUUAAUUGAUAUGAUUAAUUUGUUAUCAUUGUCUAGUACAAAAGUCUAGCCUAAGAUUAGAUAGAGGUUAUAUACUGGGUAAAUUUUUUUUCUUCCAUUGGCACAGUUGUCAUGGCAAACGUCAGAGAGGCUGUCAAACUAGACAUUGCUAGGUUGACUGCAUUUUAUUACAAGGGUAGCAAAGAUAUUUUUAAAUUAAAAGACCAACCAAGAUUGCUGUUGUAACAGAGAAAUUGGGUGAAACACAAAUCAGCCACUAGUAGUAAGCUGUUAACAAUUA